AUGGCAUCCGCUCCGGCGCCCUCCCCGAAGCUGGAUCGUUACAUCGUCGUCCAUGUUGCGACGACCUGUGAUGAACAUGGCGUCUAUGUCACUAAGGAUUCGGCCGAGGUGAUCGAGCUGGGAUGGAUCUUGCUGGACACAAAGACUUGUGAGGAGCUUCACCGCGAAAGCGUCCUCGUCAAGCCCGUCAACACCCCCAUUACGCCUCUCUGCACGAGUUUGACGACUUUGACCUGGGAGCAUGUCCGCACGGCAGGAACCUUUCGGGACGCCAUCAACCGCUUCGACUCGUUUGCUCAGGAGCACCUGUUGAGCAAGAACCUGGAGUUCUCCUUUGUUACCCUCGACUCGUGGGAUCUCCGUGUCCAGCUUCCUCGAGAGGCCCGUGACAAGGCCGUGGUUCUGCCGCCAUACCUGCAGCACUCCCGCACCUUCGACCUUCGCACUGAAUACCAGAGGUGGCAGACUCAUCACCCGGAAUCUUUGCCUUUUGGCCCCAGCUCGCUGGCCAACAUCUGUGCCGCCCUCGAAGUUGAGCCCGUCCAGUCGUCCGCACCCAUCAAGCACAACCUUCCUUUCCACCUCCAGGCCUUGGCUCCCGCGUCUCCCCGACGUGCGAUGGAAGAAGCCAUCACCCUGGCUCGAGUCCUCCGUGGUCUGAUCCGCAAGUCUCAACCUCCGCAUGAGCACCCUGAAAUCCUGACUCGUCCCAUGGAUGCCCGGGCCGAUGUUCGUGCCUUCUUGGCCGAACGCAGCAAGGUUCUCCACAUGAGCGGUCUGCCCCAUGAUACUACACAGUCCGAGCUGGAGAGCUGGUUCACGCAGUUUGGAGGACGACCCAUUGCCUUCUGGACCCUGCGGACGCCUGAUCAGCACAAGCCUACGGGAACCGGAUUUGCCGUUUUCUCGUCCCACGAGGAGGCUGCGGAGAGUCUUUGCAUGAACGGACGUGCUCUCAAUGAGAAGGCUAUCGAAGUCUCUCCUUCAUCGAGCCGUGUCCUUGACCGUGCGGCUGAGAUUCUUACCCCGUUCCCGCCCUCGAAGAAUCGCCCUAGACCUGGUGAUUGGACUUGCCCGUCUUGCGGAUUCUCCAACUUUCAACGCCGUACAGCUUGUUUCCGCUGCUCUUUCCCGGCGGUCGGUGCUGCUCCGGACCCUAUGGGAUUUGCUUACGGCUAUGGCCCCCCAUCUAUGAUGCCCCCUCACAUGGGCCAUCACGGAGGCCAUGGUAUGGGCCACUCUCGCGGCGUGGGUGGUAAUGGCGGUGUUGUGCCUUUCCGAGCUGGUGACUGGAAGUGUGGAUCUGAAGGAUGUGGCUACCAUAACUUUGCUAAGAACAUCAACUGCCUGCGCUGCGGUGCUCCUCGCUCUGGAGCAGCUGUUGUGGCUGAUUCCGCUUUCCCGUCCCCCAUGGAUCAGCCCGCUGGCUUCGGUAUGGGACCUGGCUCGAUGACGAGCACCCCGGGACCCGGUCCGUUUGCCUCCACCGCUGGCGCUUUUGGUGGAUUCGGUCAGCAGUUUGGGGCUCCUCCCAACAACUAUGGUCUUCCCUCUGGCCUUGGCAACGCUCCUGGACCAUAUCCGCCUAUGGGCCAGAUGAAUGCAGGAUACGGCUCGACCAACGCGUCACACUCGGCGGCCUCUUUUGGUAACCCCGCAACCCAGGCUGCGUUUACUGGUGCUGACCAUGCUGGUCCUGCUGCCAAUGCUUCUAACGGAAACUUCUACGGUAAUGACGGUUCGAACGACCCGUUUGCGUUCCUUUCCACUGGUCUUGGAGGUCUUACAGUGAGCGACGAUUCCCGGCGGAACGGCGCUUCUACCAACAAGUCUCCAGCAUAA